AUGGAUGCAACGGAGUGGAUCAAAGCCUUCAUUCGAGGGCUGAUGUGUCUGCUAGGGAUCUUGGGGAACAACUGGCUUUGUCUCCGCUCUCUCCCUGGACCCAAGUCCAGUCUCCGCACCAAUGAGGUCCUCUUCAUCAACCUGGCCGUCUCCAACCUCAUCACCAACUACCUGGUGGACCUGCCCGCUACCAUGGCUGACUUUGUUGGCCACUGGUUCCUGGGUGCCUACUGCGUUGUGCACCAGUUCUGCUCUGAACUGUCAGAGACCAGCAGUGUCUUCUCCACCUUGUUUAUUAGUGUGUUCUGGUACCAGAAGCUGGUGGGCUCUCUGAAACGCGGAGGUGCUCCGAUCCAGCUGGAUAGCCUCCGUCUCAUAGCCUGUCUCCUGGCUGGCAGCUGGAUAGUAGCUGUGGUCUUCAGUGUUCCACAAUUCUUCUUUGUCAAGGUGGUGAGUGGAAAUGAGAGCCACGAUGACUGUAUAGAAGUCUUUCCCUCUCAAACUGCAAGGCAGAUCUAUGAGCCAUUGUAUCUGACCUUCACUAACGUCCUCCCCAUCGCUGGUAUAGUGUUUGCUAGCAUCCAGAUUGUGAUCACUUUGCUAAGGAACCAGACACGUAUCCAGGGCCUGACUUCGGACCAUCACAAGGGGACAGCUAACUCAGGUACUCAUGUGAGGGCAGCCAAGAGCGUGGUGGCUGUGGCCACUGUGUUUGUGGUGUGCUGGGUGACCCACCUGCUGCUGAUGAUAUCCAGCAACAUCCACACGUCCUCCUUGAUGUUGGAGCUGGCCAGCUACAUCGGGUCCUCUUACAUCUGCAUCAUCCCCUACAUCUUCCUCUAUGGAGUAAAAAAACUGUAG